AUGCCAUGCUGCUGCUGGGAGGAAACCACGGAAAACCUUCACAUCGUCCAACUCUCCACCGACUCGGUGGUGCCUGGUGGCUCGCCGCGCUUCGUGGUCGCCGACCCCUUUGACAUGCCGGUGACGCCCAGCCGGGCCGUCGACCGCGCCGAGCCGGGUCCGCGACCGGGACGACAACAGCUGAGGGAGCAAAUUCCCACACCUCGCAUGCAGUGGUUCACCAUGCAUGGCGUGGUGUCGGACAACGAGCUGGGAGAAGAAGAGAGAAAAGCCGCUUUGUUGCAAAUCUACCAGGAUAGCGUGCUGGAUCUCUUGGGAGGUUUGCAGCUAACACAGCUGGCAGCCAACCAGGAGUACGUGGACACGCACUGCCAGCUGAUGUCGGACUUCCGAUCGCUGAAAGUGGACUAUGGCAGUGACAACUCCAUCACGGAAUUUCCGCUUGCGAACAUCACGAAGAUGUACAGAAUUUGGAAGCAGCGUGCCAACCAGUUCAACCUCGCAGACUGCCACCCGCGGACCUCCUACUCCUUCCCUGAGACGGAACACAUCGUCAUCAUCGAGUUCAUAUGUCGGAAGCUGGUCUUCGUGUUCGCGGACGAGAUCGUGGCGCAGCGCUUCUUGCUCUGCAUGGAGCUACUGACCUGGCAGGCGCAGCAUGAGGAUUGGCGCCCCGGCGCGAAACGCCUGGCGGUGCUCGCAGCACGGGCGAAGUUGGCACAGAAGUUCGAUGCCGUCCGCACUGGCGGCAAGGGAACCACCCGACGUCGGGACCCACGGGAGGAGUGGGAUGUGACUGGAUGGGCUGUAGAUGGCUGGAUGAGCAGUGGAGGCCGAAAGAUGGUGAAGCAUCAGGCCAGCUCUGCGGAUGAGAAGCAGCUCCAAGCCCAUCUGAAGCGUUUGGGCCUCAACAACAUCCCAGGCGCAGCCUGCAGGGCACGGGCGCACCGCAUCGCGAUCCGCCCCAUCGCGGCGCAAGCUGCCCGGGCAUCGUUGUUGGAACCGGAGCUGAUGCGCUGUGUGGAUGGACAGCAGGUGCUGCGCGUGGGAGCAGCGACUCAGCUGCCCCUCACCGACGCUGACUUGCACUGCUUUUUGGGGCGCCUCAAGGAGCUCCGCAAGAUGCCCAUCAGCGGUGGCGACCUCCGUGCCUUCCUGCGGAAGGUGGAGGAGGCCUUGACACGCCUUUCUUGUGGCCCUGCGACCGGCCAGGCCGCAACGGCGCACCGCGCUCUGACGAUCUUCGCCGAGCUCCGCUGCCGCCAGGGUGCCGUGUUUGCUUGGCCGCUGGUGCUCCAGCAGCGGCAGGAGCUGGAGGCUCCGCAGUUGGCGGAGGCGGUGUGGGCCGCGUCUGCGGAGCUGCUCUACGAGGCUGUGGGUCUUGCGAGGGACUUGACGCCCCAGGUGUCCCAGCUACCCCCUGAGCCGCUCUACCGCUUGAUCUAUGGCCUCGCGCGGAUCCACUCGGGCCGUGGAUCCACCUCACUGCUGCGUGCCGCAGAGCGCGCGGCCGUGAAGGUCUUGCGGGCCGCGCCCUGCGCAUUGAUGCCCCGGCAAGUCGUGCGCUUUUGUUGGUCCUUGGCGCGGCUGGGCUGCCGGGACGACAAGGUCUUUGAAGCCUUUGAAGUGGUGUUGAGCGAUGUACUGGACCGACUGCAGUACAAGGAGUUGGAGGCGCUGUAUAGCAUCCUCACUGAGCUGGAGCGCACCAGCGAGUGGAAGCUGAUCCAUGACGUUGAGCGCGCGAUGGAGUCGCGCUACGAGGACUUCGCCGAGAACAAGCGCCCCCGAAAGCAGCCCUUCCGCCGGCGGUGGAUGCGCGCCGAUCUGAUGCACACGGUCAUUGGAAGCAAAAGACGCACGCGGCGCCUUCUUCCGGGCGGGUGUGGGGCGUUGGACAAUGGUUGGAAGUAUGGAGCUGGCAAAGGCAUCGAGGAGGUGAACAUGUUCACGGAGGACGGGGGAGUGCUUCAUUUCAACACCCCCAAGGUCCAGGCCGCCGUGGGAGCCAACACCUAUGCCGCUCGGCGGUCGAGACUUUUCCGCGUUGGCCUGGAACAUUCGGCGCCUGAGGCAUUCAGUAAGGGGAAUGCGCAAUGUGGUUGGAGGAGGUGUUUUUCUGCAAUCCCUUUACCGUGGGUAAAACGCUCGUGGGUCCUGAAACCUGUGGUUGACAAUGACCAUCCGCGUCGGGCAGCGACUUCAGCGCCUUGUUGA